AUGCGGCGGGUCGUUGAUUAUUGCUUGAGGUUUAAGGAAAACGCAAAGGGAAACAAAAGGACCGACGCACUAUCAGUGGAAGAGCUCGAACAAGCAGAAAUAGCAAUUGCAAGGAUGACGCAAGAAGAGUCAUUCAUUCAAGAGUGUCUAGCCUUGGAGCGCGGGCGGCAGAUGCUGAAAGGGAGCAAGCUCACCUCGCUUAGCCCCUUUCUUGAUGAAAGGGGUCUUAUAAGAGUCGGUGGCAGAUUAUCGCAAGCGAACUUACCGGAAACCCUAAAACACCCGGUCGUUCUGCCAGACAGACACCACGUGACCAAAAUUAUAAUGACAGCCGAGCAUCAAAGACUACAUCAUUGCGGGCCCGAGCAAUUGUUACAUUCAAUUAGACAACGUUACUGGAUUUUAAGCGGACGCCGAGAAGCAAGAAAGGUGUCUAGAGCUUGUAUCGAUUGUUAUCGUCGAAAUCCAAAACCUCUGGAUGUGCAGAUGGGCCGUUUGCCUCCAGACAGAGUGCGAGGAUCCUUGAAACCUUUCACAAACACAGGAAUAGCUUAUGUGGGACCGAUUUCGAAGAUACAGUGGAAAUUUAUUCCGCCUAGAGCUCCACAUUUCGGGGGACUUUGGGAGGCCGCUGUGAAGGCUACCAAACGUCAUUUUAACACCGUCACAAAGGGCUUCGUAUGGACUUUCGAGGAAUAUUAUAUCUUGUCAACUGAAAUCGAAUCAAUCCUUAAUUCACGACCCCUCACCCCGCUAUCAAGCAGUUCUGACGACAUCUUAGCCUUCACCCCAGCCCAUUUCUUGGUGGGGGACUCGCUAUUAUUACCGGCAGAUCACGAUUACCUGGAAGUUCCAGACAACUGCCUCUCACGGUGGCAACACGUUCAAAAGGUGUGCCAGCAUUACUGGAAGCGAUGGUCAAAAGAAUAUCUGCAGAAACGGCAAAAAUGGAACACUCAAGGCAGCAACUUGAAAAUCAGCACCUUGGUUCUCAUCGACGAGGAUAAUGUGCCACCGUUACACUGGGUCCACGGACGAGUGGUGGAGGUUCAUCCCGAAGCAGACGGAUUGGUUCGAGUCGCUACAGUCCGUACUUCUGGUGGACUGUACAAGAGACCUGUAAAAAAGCCUUGUCCCUUGCCUGACAGAGACGAUUGA